AUGACACGUCCAGCGUUUGAUCGCUUCUGCCGUGAAAUCCAUUCGCACAGAGUGUUUCAGAACAACAGCAACAACAAGCAAGCUCCGGUUUGGCUUCAGUUUGCCGUGGGUCUCGAUAGAUUGGGCACGAAUGGCAAUGGCGCUUCUACAGGCCGGAAACCCCUUGCAGAGCCUCGAAGUUCUGCUUCACCUCUAGCCAGUCGACGAGACCUUGUAGUCGACGAGAGUGAGGUGGACGUUGGAACCGUCGCUAGCCGUCGUGCUGGCCAUCGUUGUGGACUUUGUCGUACUCUUGGUCUCUGCAUCAGCAUUCUUAGAGUGGGGAUAUCGGUGCAAGUGUUUUCUCCCGUUAAGAACAAGCCCGUGGUUCUGGCAACGUGGAAGGGGGAAGAUCCGACACUCCCUGGUAUUAUCCUCAACUCGCAUUACGACGUUGUGCCUGCGAUCCCCGAGCACUGGACCUACGAUCCUUUCGAGGCUAAGAUCCUACAUGAUGGCCGCAUCUACGGCCGUGGGGCUCAAGACAUGAAGAGCGUGUGCAUCCAAUACGUUGAAGCUGUCCACGCCCUCAAGACAUCGGGUUUCACACCCAAACGAAACAUUUACUUACUGUUCGUGCCAGAUGAAGAGCCUGGAGGUGCGCAAGGAAUGGGGACAUUCAUUGAAACGGAGCAGUUUAAGGCGAUUCAACCUGUUGCAUUUGCAUUCGACGAGGGUCUCGCAAACCCGGGGGAUGCGUAUACUGUUUUUUACGGUGAACGAGCGCAGUGGUGGGUGUACGUAAAGGCUGAAGGACCUACUGGCCAUGGUAGCCGAUUCAUUAAAGACACGGCUACAUCGAAGAUCAUCGACAUUUGCAACAAGGCUCUAGCUUUUCGAGAAGAACAGGAGAAGAUCCUUAAUGCUGACGCUGGUUGCAAGCAUGGGGACAUGAAGAAGAAGAAACUUGGAGAUGUGACGAGUAUCAACAUCACGGCGUUGCAGAGUGGCGUUUCUCAGGAUGGCGGCAAGACUCAUGCUCUCAAUGUGAUCCCUACGAAUGCAAUUGCUGGCUUUGAUAUUCGCAUUUCUCCUGAAAUGGACAUUAGUGCAAUGGGGGAGAAACUGGAUGAAUGGUGUGCAGCGGAAGGAGUCUCGUGGGAAUUUGCGUCCUGGACGAAGCCAAUGCAUGAACACUACGUUACGUCGUUGGAUACUGGCAAUGUGUGGUGGCAACUUUUUCUGAAAUCUUGUGAACGUAUCGGUGAAGAGAUUGAGACGGAGAUCUUCCCUGCUGCUACUGACAGUCGCUAUCUCCGCAAGGCUGGCGUACAAGCAAUUGGCUUCUCGCCGAUGAAGAGGACGGAGAUCCUGCUACAUGAGCAUAAUGAAUACCUGCACAAGGAUACGUUCCUACACGGUAUCAAGGUGUACGAGGCGGUUUUCCGAGACAUGUUUGCACACAAGUAGGAGCGAGAUUGCGUACAGAUACAGGUUUUUAAGUGCGUUGUCGCUGGUUCUUGUUGUUGGCAGUCUAAUUCCCCGUUUUCACCACUUCAAGAGGAGGCUGCAACUGGCCACCAAUGCGCUUAAUGGAAAACAAUUUACGUCAUGAACUCUACGUAGCAGGUCAAAGAGAACGCAUUCCAGGGGCAGUCUGCAACGUAAGACUUGCUCUUGAUCGCAAUACAAACAACUAACUGUGCGCGGAGUGGUAAGCACGUUAACAUGACGCACCCA